UGCGGCCACCUGCCCCCCUCUCCUCUCCUUCUCCGCGUUCCCACAUCAAAAGACAGGACAAAUGGCUGAGCUUUUCUCAUGGGAAGGAGGGAGGGAGGGAUGCCACUAGUAAACUGCGUCGCUGCAGGGGCUCACAUGCCGCCGCAGUAGUGGCGACGCAGUAGUCGUAGUCCCGCACCUUUAUUGCUUCGGGCAGUACAGAUCUUGGGGAUCCUCCACGCACCACUCGUACUCGCGCCAAACCUCGGAGGGCGGCAGCACGCCGAGAAGGAGCCCCCCCGCCUUGCAAACACCUCGAGGAUCUCCAGUCCACAGUCAAGACAGGCAUCGAGUCCUAAAGGAAAUAAGUUCGUAAAUUGGUAUAUGUUUCAUAUGUUAUAGGGAAGAGUCAAGAUAAUAAAAACAGAAUGCCUCAAGACAGUUUCAGAUCAGUGGUUUGCAGGUCCCUUUCAAAGAGUCACCCCUCCAGCUCCAGGAGCAAAGAUGGCGGCUAUCCUGAAAGGACUCAGUGUGAUGCCCCUUAUGUUGUUACACUACGACCCACAGUCUGCCGAAGCUGCCAAAGCCAGGAUUGGCGCCCCUCGCAAAGUAACCGGGAGGAGAGGUCCAUCUUGUCACAAAGAGAUUAUGUGAUGGGUUCCACACUCUCGAGGCAUUUUGCCGAGGACCUCCUGAGAGGCGCUAUGGACCUCCAGGACUCCCUUGUCAUGCUUGAGAAGUUCCAAACAGUGUCACAGAGCAUGCGGCAAUCGACUAAGCAGAGAAGGCCAGGGAACGGAGAGGAAUCAUUGGACGUCACUGGAAUCCGUGAAGCACUCUUCGAAGCAUCAAUCGCCAAGAAGCUGGUCCCUGGAAGUGUCAGCAGUAGAUUUGAUGGGCAACUAAGGAAUUCUACCGACGAGCUGAAGAGAGUGAUCAAGGACAGCCUUUACAGGGCGAAACUCUUGUCAGUGGCCUCCAAUGGUGAGCAGCUGGCCUCCUUGAGUCAGUCAUCACGGAGCACACCAAACAGUACCGCCGUAUCCAAGUCUACUAAGGAGAAGAAGGUGGUGCCAAGAUCAUCAUCCUGUCCACCUGUGCAACCUGACAAGUCCAAAACCCCAAGUUUGGUACCAACAAAUAAAACCCCGAGUUUGGUAGCAAGGCUCAUGGGCCUUGAAGGUUUGCCCCCACACAAGGGAAAUACCACCAAGAAAGACGAGACACUCAAGACAGUAAGUUCACCAAGGGCACAGUUUGAUAUUGACAUGCCUAAGUCAAAACCAUCACCAGCAGAAAAGCUACCAAGACAAUCGUUAGGAAAGGACUCGCAACGUAAGGGGAAGGCAGGGCAAGAGAUGAUGAAGACAAUUCAAGUCAAGAGGCUUUUAAAUACCAUGAAUUCUGAUGAGCACAAGGUCCAGCAGUGCAAUGUUCAGAUGAAUUUUCCUUAUUUUCAUGAGGACACCCUUCCUUCGCAAGAUACCUCUGCGGCUACUAAAGUUGGUUCAGCGAAAUCAAUCCAAAGAGAACAAAGGAUGGGCCAAGCUCAAACCAAAUCCCCCAAGGAUGUGAAGGUUGUAUCUCAUAUAACUCGAAAGCAGCGCAUAGAACAAAAAACUGAGAUCAGCAGUAGAAGCAGCAAUAAACAGAAAUAUCAUUUGCCUGAUAGGAAGGGAGAAAGGAGGAAGGAUGUGAAGGCUACGGCAGCAUCAGCAUCUCACAGUAAUGCUAAACUAGUGAGAAAAACUGAUAAGAAAUCGGUUGCAUCAAGUAGCAAUCCUUCAACAUGCCGUACAGUGAAGCCAAUCUUACGAAGAACACAUGGCAGUUCCAGAGAGAAGAUAGUGUCAAGUAGAAAUGUUAACAACUCAACUAUUGAUGACAUUGUGGCAUAUGAGGUGCACAGAGAGUUCAUCAAAACUGAUUGUCCAUCCACAGAACAUAGUGCGACACCUAGCGAUGAAAGCUGCCGGAGUGCUGAUUGGGACACAGAACCUUCCAUCGAUGACGCUCAUGAAGAUUUUAGCGGAUCCAGUGAAGCUUCACUAAUUUCCAGCCAAAGCAGCCCACCAAUAAACAGAAUACCAAAAAAGGAAGUUGAAAUAAAAGAUGAGAUGAGUUUGCUUCUCCUAAGCAACAAGUCUUUCGUUAACCAAGCAGCACAGCUCAUAGGCAUUGACGCAUACAAUUAUGACCAUUUGAUCGAGCAAUACAAGGAUACCGGAAAGGCUGAAAUGGGAGACCGUGAACUCUACACAGACAUAGCAAUGGAGCAACUGGAACGAAAACACCGUCAGCAGAAUAGCCUGUAUUACACUGGAUUCAAGACCCAGAAAUGCGGAGCAACACCGUACUUCUCCCUGGAGGCAUUGCUAGGUGAUAUCAGCGAUGGGACUCAGAAGCUGAAGAGCUAUACCGACGACAAAGACGGCCAUGACACUGGCACCAAAGACAGCAUGUCCAUGAAGCUGGAGAGGGAUCUCGGAUGCACGGACCCGUCGAUCAACAGCGCGUGGGACAUGGGGUGGCAGGACUGGAUCUGCAUGGAGGAAACAGAGUGCUGGGUAAGGGACGCCGGGGAGGGCGUUCUGUCCUUGCUCAUCGAGGAGGUUGCUUUGGAAAUGCUGGUAAACUGACCAGAGAAAGAUGGGAAGUAGGAGAGGUUCUUGCCCUGUCGUGGAGAUUUAGCUGUAGUCUGUACAUCAUUGGCACAGCUCGUGCUUUCAGUUGCUUUUUCUGUAGGAGUUGCUCACAUGUGUUUUCCUGAUAGGGCUUUGCCUUGGUUCAGAAACUAUUGUAAUCUGUGCAUAACUUCAUAGCAAGAUGUCCUCAUAGUUUAUUUUUGCAAUACUUGUGACAGACGAUUUCUUCCGCUAAUUAUUUGCCAUAGAUAUCAUGACAACA